AUGGACUCAUCUGAAAGAACUUCUCCAACCACCUCCGUCCUCUAUAGCUAUCCAGCCGUUAUUCCCCAUCGCGUUGAAAUGCUUUCCCCCCUUCUGGCAGCCCGCUGUAUUGAAGGACUACCACGCGGCGAGGAAGGAGACGACCACGAACCUCAGGAUACCACGGACUCUUACAUCCAAAUUGCCAUCGAAGUGACCUUCCCUAACCUGGUUCAGGCCUUCCUCGAUGACGCGUUUGCUCGGGCUCUUCGAUGGCAGGAGGAGAACCCCGUCGAUCCAGAAUUUCAAGACGAAGAUGAUCAAUUUCUGGCAGAAUUUGCCUCCAUAUUUUUCCGAACCCCAUUAUCCCAAUCGACAUUGGCAGGGCAUGGACUCCCUCCUUUCUCCAACGUCGCUACCGCCUGUCUCAAGAUUCGAGGGCCGAUCUGGAUGGAGGUGGUAGCCAUUGACGACCUUGGGGUCAGCGCCUUCGUAUUGGAAAAGGUUCGCAUCGAGCGUCAGAAGUAUAUAUUUGAUCGAAUUUCCCAAGCUGCGCGCGAACGAAGAGUGCUUUCUCGAGAGGAGUCCGCUGCCAUUCGAGCCUCUCUUCCAAAGUACCCAAGGAAGACACUCCAUUUCCGUCUCACCGACGGCUCCCAAGAGAUCGAUGCUUACGAGAUCAAUGGGCCGCUCCCUCAUAUUUCACUGGACGAGACUUACGUUGGACAUAAGUUGAGGUUGGAGAACUUCCACAUUAUCUCCGGGAAGGCAUACAUUAUGCCGUCCAACGUCGCCGAGAUUGGCGUCAUUCCUCCUCAGCUAUGGGAUGGCAUGCACACUGUUAGCCCUCAUACACGCAUGGAAAAGGAAGUACGGCUCUGUCAGGAACUAGAUGUGGGUCUUCAAGACUUGUACGAUUUGACAAGUCUCUGGGGGCUAAAUUGCGAGACCAUUGUCGAGAGCUAA